UCUGUUUCUUCCCAUUGCCGGGUGGGUAAUUACAACAUUCAUCAAAAUUAAUCAAAAUGAAAGGAGUUGUUGUUGGGGGAGUCUCCAUUAUCCUUGUCGUAGGCGUAUGCAUUGGUCUUAUAGCUAGUGUAGCCCACAAAAACAGCUCUGACAGUGAAAAAGAUGUCUUGUCCACUACUUCCAAGUCUGUUGCAGCGAUUUGCGCCCCAACCGAUUUCAAGCAGGCUUGCGUUGAUAGCCUCGGUGCACUGGCCAACAACGAGAGUGCAGUCCCAAAAGACUUUAUUCAAGCAGCCAUUCACGUCACCCUCCAGGAGCUGCAAGCAGCCUUCAACAAAACAGGAUCGAUAUUUGGGGAUGCUGUGAGUGAUAAAACUAUAAAAAUGGCCAAAGAUGAUUGCGACGACUUGUUGCAAUAUGCUAUCGACGAGCUACAAGCCUCCCUUUCAAUGGUAGGCGAUAGCGAAUUGCAUAACAUGCAGGAAAGAGAGGCUGAGAUCAAGAACUGGCUAAACGCUGUGAUAUCAUUCCAAGAGUCGUGCGUGGAUCAGGUCCCUCAGCCUCAACUACGGCAGCAAUUGUCAGACGGUUUUCUAAAUGCCUCUCAGCUAACCAGUAAUGCCUUGGCCAUUGUCAAUUCCAUUUCACAGAUUUUAACUGCUUUCAAUUUGACGUCGUUGAACUUUGGUGGUGAAAGCAAUCGGCAACUGAUGGAUGAAUCUAAUCCUGAUGAUAAAAAAUACCCUUCGUGGGUUUCCUCUUCUGACAGGAAGCUAUUGGGAAGCCAAAACAAUGCUCAGUUGACGCCUAAUGCCGUAGUGGCUAAGGAUGGUAGUGGCCAAUACAAAACCAUUGGUGAUGCCCUUAAAGCAUAUCCAAAGAACCUGCAGGGAAGAUACGUUAUCUAUGUUAAGGCUGGGAUUUACGAUGAGUAUAUUAUAGUCGACAAGAAUCAAGUUAACGUUUUCAUGUAUGGGGAUGGCCCGCGGAAAACGAUGGUGACCGGAAAAAGAAGCAACCGUGGCGGUUACACCACCACCGAUACUGCCUCUUUUUCUGCUAUUGGAGAUGGAUUCAUUGCAAAGGCGAUGGGAUUCCAGAACACUGCUGGACCUGAAGGACACCAGGCUGUGGCUCUCCGAGUCAUAUCAGAUCGUGCAGUCUUUUACAACUGCAGGAUGGAUGGGUACCAAGACACCCUCUAUGUUCAAGCCCAUCGACAAUUCUACAGGAAUUGCGUCAUAUCUGGCACUGUUGACUUCAUUUUUGGCGACUCUAGUACAAUCAUCCAAAACUCUAAACUCAUUGUCAGGAAGCCCAUGGACAACCAACAAAACCUCGUGACAGCUCAUGGGCGUAAAUUCCAACAAGAAACCACUGGUUUGGUUAUCCAGAACUGCCACAUUGUCCCAGAACAGGCACUUUUCCCAGUGAGAUUCAAGGUUCCCUCUUAUUUGGGUAGGCCAUGGAAGGAAUAUUCAAGGACUGUUAUCAUGGAAUCAACAAUCGGGGAUUUGAUUCACCCAGCAGGGUGGCUUGAAUGGGAAGGGAACUUUGCACUCGAUACACUGUAUUAUGCUGAGUAUGCAAACCGAGGUCCAGGUGCUGCAACUAAUGGAAGAGUCAAAUGGAAGGGAUACAAGGUAAUAACGAACAGAAAUGAAGCUCUCCUAUUCACAGCUGGUCCAUUUCUUCAGGGACAGACGUGGUUGGCAGGCUCUGGUGCGCCUUUCUUCCUUGGCUUCCGGCAGUAAACUGUAAAGAGUUAACUCUUUGGCUCUUCGCACAUGAUCAUCGAAUGUUAACCUCAAUCCAAACAAAAAAUAAAGUCAUGCAGAGAGGGCGAGAGGUAGGCCAUUGGCCCGUUGUUUGUCACCCCUCCAGACAUUGCAUAGGCUCACUCAUCUAGAUGUA